UAAUCGGGAAAAAUCGUUUAAGGCUAUCGUCGAAAACAUCGAUAGUAAUAAAUCGCAAAGCAAAAAAUUUUUUGGAAAGUGCGAAUUGCGAACAACGACUAAACUGAUACAGGGCCAGGGACGUUGACGUCGACGCCAUCGUCGUUUUAAUUGGAAAGUGCCAAAAAAAAUAGAAAAAAAUAAACGCCAGCGUACAACGGUAAUAGCAAUAAAUACUCUCACACACACAUACAUAUAUGCACACACACGCACGCACACAUGGAGGCGUCUGUUUGAUGUACAAUUUGGAGCAACGAACAAAAGACAGACAAACAAAUUAUGACGACGCGCGAAAAUGUUGCCAGCCGUUUGUCCAAAUUGAUGCUCAGCAAUGCCAGCAGCAACAGUAACGGCAGCAGCAACACAACAGCAGCCACUGCGUCAACCAUGUCCAUGGUGCAGUCUCCGACGUCGCCUGGCGAACAAUCAGAGCUGAAUCAAUUGAAACGCGAUGCGGAUCCGCAGUUCUCACGCUUUGCCGAUUACUUUGUGAUAUGUGGCUUGGAUUUGGACACGGGCCUGGAGCCGGAUCGCUUUGCAGGUGAUAAUCUGCACUGUUCGCCGCUGGAUCGCGCCUACAAGAGCAAACCGUUGGCCCACUAUCCCGAAAAUGUGCCCUGGAAUCCAUUCGAUGCGCACGGCAUAUGCAUGCUGUCGCUGCCGCAGGGUCUGCGCUUUCGCACCCAAAAGCACAACAUUGAGCCAAAGUUUCAUUCGUUUGCGACAACGCGCGAGGAUGGCAAACGUUGUUAUGGCUUCAGUCUAGUCUUCUACGAGGAGAUACGGAAUCGCAACAUUUGCGGCGCAAUACACACACUGCAGUCCAUGUUCAUCACGGAGCUAUCGAAUGGCCAGCAGACGCAUUCGUUGAGCAGAAUCAAACAGGAUGGGCCAGUUAGUCGCUCGCUGCCGCGUCACUUCAAGGUAGCCGGCCAGGCGCCGCAGUCCGCACAAAGCUAUUACGACAUCAGCAAGGAUAAGCUGUAUGUGGCCAAAAGCAUCUCGCUGAUAUGCCAGGCGCCAUACGCCUUUGCCGCCCAGCUGUUCCUCAAGAAUUUGUACCGUUGUCUUCCACGACAGCCAGGCGCUGGCAUUAGUCUCGAGUCCUAUGUGUACAACAUACUGUAUGAAGUGAUGCUACCUCAGCCGGGCAAGUCCAUACGCGUCUAUUUGCCGCCCGCUGAGCCGCAUUUGCCCGCAAUCGCAUUGAUUCUGCAGCGUCCAUCGCUGGCCACCGAGCUGCCGCUGCUGGACUUUCCGUUGCGUCUGCUUUUUAGCUAUUUGGGCGUAGAGUGCGUCAUUCAGCUGCUGACCUGUGUGCUGCUGGAGAGCCAGGUGCUGCUCCGCUCGACGGACUACCAAAGACUCAUGAUUGUGGGCGAGUGCAUAACUUCGCUGCUAUUUCCGUUUACCUGGCCGCAUGUCUAUGCGCCCAUUUUGCCCGCGGCACUGCAUCAUUUUCUGGACGCGCCCGUGCCGUUCGUAAUGGGCCUGCAUGCCGGAUGCGAGGCAGCGCACAAAAUUGGCAGCGAGGCUGCAUUAUGUUUUGUGGACAUUGACAAGAAGCACAUACAGCUGCCCGAGGAGCUGCCCAUAUUUCCACACAAGCUGGAUUUUAUGACCGAGAUCAUCUCGGUGCUGGACAAGUUCGAAAUAGAGCGCGAUCGCGCCCAGGAGCCCAGCCUAAAGAAUGGCUAUGCUUUGCGUGGAGGCGCCGAUGCAAUGAUCUCAAGCUGCACACUGCCCAACGGCCUGCAGGCGGCGCGGCGCUGCAAAGAGCGAUUCCCGCAGCUGCAGGAGACCGUCUACACGCUGUCCAGUGCCGGCGGCUCACCGGCACAGCUGCCGGGCGUGGACUAUCAGCCGUUGGUGGCGCAUCCUUCGAAAAUAGAUCAUGUGCCGCGCAUUGCGGAUAUUCUGCGUCGCAAGGGUGGCAUGCGUGCCGCCCAGGGCGGUGGCUGCUCGCCCGUGGGCAGCCCCACGCUGUCGCUGUCCUCGUCGCCGGUGGGCAUCUAUCAUGAUGUUGAUGCCGUGGAUGCCACACUGCCGCCCUCGCGCAUGGGCUCGUUGUCGCGGCGCGCUGAGAAGCCGGCUACGCUGUCCGCCGUCGAUCAAUACUAUCAGGAUUUGCGCAUAAAUAACUGUUUACGCGAGAUUUUCCUGAAUCGUUUCGCGCACAUGUUCCAUGCGUACGAACACUUUGUCAUCUAUCCGAAUCAGGCCAAGGACGAGUGGCUCUCCAAUCGGGAAACGUUGCAGAACUUUGAUAAGUCCUCGUUUCUAUCCGAUCAGCCGGAGCAUCAUCGCGCCUUUCUAUCGCGUUUCCUUGAAUCUCAAAUGUUCGCCACGCUCAUUGACAACAAAAUCCUGGCCAUGUGGGAGCCGCUACCCGAUCAGCAACUGCAGCUUUUCGAUCAGCGCAUCAAGCUGCUACGACGUCGCCAUGGCGAGAACAUGAUCUGCGCCACCAGCUACGAGCCGUGCGUGCUCAGCCAGGACUCGCAGCAGUGCUUCGAGAAGCGACUCAAUUGCGUUGACAUUGAGGUAACGCCGCCUAGUGAGAUUCUAUCCAAUCGCGCCGCCUAUUUUCGCAGCUUUCCGCUGCUCGAGAAGGGCGUGCUGAAUCAGGAGUGCGCCUCGAGAGGCAACAGCUUGCGACGCGUCAAGAAUGGCAACAAGUGGCGCGCCCGUGAAAUCUCGCUGGAUCAGAAGCCGGCAAACAGCAGCGGCAAUUGCAACUCCAAUGUGGCCAUCAAUCGUCUGUCGGCCAAUCUGACAACGGCAGACGUGAGUCCCGCCUUGAUAGCACAGGCCAACUGGACAUUUGUGGAGCGUCUGCUGAAGGACAUUAAGUCGAAGACGAAGCGCAUGCUGCUUGAGAAGAUGGGCAACGAAGCGGUGGCGCUGGGCCUCAAGGGCGACGGCAUUGAGGAGAACACGCUCAUAGCGAGCAUGUGCGAUCUGCUGGAGAAGAUUUGGUCGCAUGGCCUGCAGAAUAAGCAAGGCAAGUCGGCGCUCUGGGCGCACUUGCAGGCCUAUCUGGAGCAGCAAGACUCACGCGGAACGGGUUGCAGCGUGGAGCCCGUAACGCCAAUUUCCAGCAGUCCCGGCGGCAACAAGAUGAACAUUGCCAGCGCCUCGCCAGCGUUGGCCUGGAAUGCUAUGCGCAAGCGCAUGGACUACUUGUCCACAUUCCAAACGGACUUUGAGAGCCCGCCCAGUCCGAAUCGCAGCCGUUCACGGGAUCGCAACAAGUUUGUGGGCCUGGAGCAGCUGUGCCCGUUGCCCGAGUCGCUGGAGUUUGAUGUCAAAAACGUGCUGGCCAUGGCGGACAUCAAAACGCAUAUUGGUUAUACACGCGCCUGGGUGCGUCUGUCGCUGGAGAAGAAGCUGUUGUCGCGUCACUUUCGCACCCUACUCUCGGAUGAGAGUCUGCUGCGCACCUUGUACAAGCGCUCCGCUUUUCUGCGCUGCGAGGAGGAGAAGGAGCAGUUCCUCUAUCAUCUGCUGACACUCAAUACCGUGGACUAUUUCAGCUUUACCAACAUUUAUCCCACAACGAAGCUGCCCUAUCGCGUUGUCAUCUUCCCUUCGCGUAAACAUGGCUCCUAUCACACCUCCAGCAAUGUGUGGAUCAUGGUCUCUGGCACCAUGAAUGAAACCCAACGUGUGCCCGUGCCCAAGGGCUCAUUGGAGUUUAUCUUUCAUUAUAAGAAUCUGGGACUGCUGACCACCAUGCGCAUAGGACACGACAACUCGGGACCUAGUCACAAGUGGCUGGUCGAACAGGUGGUAAUGCGCAAUGAGGUCACCGGGCACACCUACAAAUUUCCCUGCGGUCGCUGGCUGGGCAAGGGCGUCGAUGACGACUCCACGGAACGUUUGCUGGUUGGUCAGCGCGUUUGCACCAGUGUAAAAAAUGCCGAGCUCUUGCCGCCCACGCGGACACCGCCGCGUACACGCAGUCCCAGCGUGCAGCGUCAGGAGUCGGUGCCGCCAUCGGAGAUACAACAUCAGCUGGGCAACUGUGUCAAUGUGAUUGUCAAGUGGCACUACAAGCCGAGUCGGGAUCGGGAUGUGGGCACGCUGACGAAUCUGCUGUGUGGCGAUGAUGGGCUGGUUAAAUGCCUGGAGCAGGUCUUCCUUUGCGGUUUUCGCUCGUCCCGCUUCUUCGGACGUAAUCUAUACAUCUGGGAUUACUUUACUAAAAUCAAGGAGCUGUUUGAGCAGAAUCUGCAACAGGAGCUGGAUGACUCGGCUUCCAGCAUGGACUCCUCCUUUAGCAAUGGCAGCUCCAAUAGCCUGCAACGACGUGAGAUAGCCAGCAUUUGGCGUCUGUAUGUGCAGCUCAUGGAUGAGAUUAAUGGCACGGCCAGCACACUGGGCAAGGAUGGCAAAUUUCAACUGCUCAUUUGCCUUAGCCUGAGGGAGCAUUUGUUGACGCGUCUUAUCAAGCCGAUGGCCUUGACGAAGGUCACCCAAGAGCUGUACGAGGAGGAGAGUUUUCUGCGUCGUCGCAAUCUUUUGACAUUUCUCAUACAAAUUCUGGAGCCGCUUGAUGAUUGCCACAUCGUGCUGGAGAACUCCAUAACCCAGGGCAUACGCAUUCCAUCCCAGUGCUGAACCGUGGCUCAACUUAGCCCGCACCCACACUUACCCACAGACAUUUGCAACCAGUGACCUAGAAUACUCAUAUACAUAUGCCCAAACAGUACAUGGAAUCACACGGGGAAUCUCUGUAACUCGAAUUCGUUGUUAGUUUUAUGUAAGCUAAAGACUUGUCAUCCUUUUUAAACCUAAUCCAAACACUUGCCAUCUACUCGCUUGCCAAGUGUUCAAAGUCAAUGUGAAGCCAAAGUUGAACAAAAUUCUGUGCAAUUAUGAAAUUAAUCCCAAAUAAUUCUAAAAGUGUUGUUCAAUAUGCAAUUGCGUAGCUAUUAGCGUUUAAGCUUUUACAUUAACAUGUAUCAUCAAAAUAUCUUGGUAACUUUUUCUAAGUUAGUGAAUUUAUUUUUGAACGUUAGUUUUCCAUUUAGUUUAUAUACACCAAAGAUUUUUAGUUUUGUGACACGAAAAUUGUCGAUUUUAUGAUAUUUUUAUUGAAAUUAAGAACAUGGUGUUUUUGUUGAUA